AUGAAAAUCUCCAACGACUCCAGCAUCGGCACUGGCUUCGUUCUCCUGGGCUUCCCUUGCCCCAGGGAGGGGCGGGGCCUCCUCUUCGCGCUCUUCUCCGUUGUCUACCUCCUGACCCUCCUGGGCAAUGGCUCUAUCAUCUGUGCUGUGCGCUGGGAUCAGAGACUCCACACCCCCAUGUACGUCCUGCUGGCCAACUUCUCCUUCCUGGAGAUCUGCUAUGUCACCUCCACUGUCCCCAACAUGUUGGCUAACUUCCUCUCUGACACCAAGGUCAUCUCCUUCUCUGGGUGCUUUCUCCAGUUCUACUUUUUCUUCUCCUUGGGCUCUACGGAAUGCUUUUUCUUGGCGACUAUGGCAUUUGAUCGCUACCUUGCCAUCUGCCGGCCUCUACACUAUCCAACCAUUAUGACUGGACGUCUCUGCACCAAUCUUGUGGUCAGCUGCUGGGCAUUUGGCUUCCUCUGGUUCUUGAUUCCCAUCAUCGUCAUCUCCCGAAUGUCCUUUUGUGNUUUCUUCUGGUUCUUGAUUCCCAUCAUCAUCAUCUCCCAAAUGUCCUUUUGUGGCACCAGAGUUAUCGACCACUUCCUGUGUGACCCAGCUCCUCUUCUAGCACUCACUUGCAAAAAAGCUCCUGUGGUGGAGCGUGUCUUCUCCAUUUUAAGUCCUCUGCCCCUCAUCAUCCCCUUUCUCUUCAUCAUGGGGUCCUAUGCUCUGGUCCUAAGAGCUGUCCUGAAAGUCCCUUCAGCAGCUGGGAGAAGAAAGGCUUUCUCCACCUGUGGGUCUCACCUGGCUGUGGUUUCACUGUUCUAUGGUUCAGUGCUGGUCAUGUACGGGAGCCCUACACUGGAGCAUGAAGCUGGGAUGCAGAAGACUGUGACUCUGUUUUAUUCUGUCGUGACCCCGCUUCUUAACCCUGUGAUAUAUAGUCUUAGGAACAAAGAUAUGAAAAAGGCCCUGCAGAAACUUCUGAGAAUAUAA